AGCGCGAGCGCCACACACACGCACGCAGGUCGCCGCGCGCUGCGCUCGGCACGCUUUAUCUGUGUUAAAGGUGUGAUUUAGUUUUUUUUUAAGUUUAUUUAACUGAGACUCGCCCGCUGGUGUGAGGCGGGGUUUCAGUGUGUGUGUGGUCAGUAGAGUGUGUGUGUGUGUGUGUAGCUCAUGCUCAGUGUAUAAGAGGACUCCAGUCUGCUCCAGCUUCAUAAACACACACGCCGAGCCGCACAAUGGCAACAGACGAGCUGUCACAGAAGCUCAGCCGCCGGCUGCAGAUAGAGGAUGGCUCCGAGGACCCCGUGGCCGUGGACGACUCUCACGAGCACCACGAGAACGGCGACCACGAGAAGCGGAGCACGGCGAGCGCCGGCUCCGAGCUGGAGGCGAAGCUGGUCCGGCGGGGCGAGCUGAACGACGGCGUGGGAGAUCACCAGCAGCCCAGCAUGAAGGUGUUCAACCCCUACACCGAGUUCAAGGAGUUCUCCAGGAAACAGAUCAAGGACAUGGAGAAAAUGUUCAAACAGUACGACUCUGAGAAGGAUAACUUUAUUGAUCUGAUGGAGCUGAAGCUGAUGAUGGAGAAGCUGGAAGCUCCCCAGACUCACCUGGGUCUGAAGAACAUGAUCAAAGAGGUGGACGAGGAUCUGGACGGCAAGCUGAGCUUUAGAGAGUUUCUGCUGAUCUUCAGGAAGGCAGCAGCGGGGGAGCUGGCCGAGGACAGUGGGCUCCAUGUGCUGGCUCGCCUGUCUGAAAUCGAUGUGUCCACAGAGGGAGUGAAGGGAGCAAAGACCUUCUUUGAAGCCAAAGUCCAGGCCAUCAAUGAAUCGAACCGGUUCGAGGCGGAGAUCCGUAACGAGCAGGAGGAGAAGAAGAAACAGGCUGAGCAGAAGAAACAGAGACAAGCUGCUUUCAAAGAGCUGCAGUCGGCCUUCAAAUAACCAGAUUCACUUCAUCUACAGAGCUCAGCUUAACACAUUCCCCUCCCCAUCAACCUACCCACCCUUCUCUUCAUCCCCCUGUCUGUCUGUCUGUCUGACUCUGUACCGUCUGUCUGACAGGGCGCUCUUAGCAGAGAUACUAUGCAACGCUUUUAGAGGUGUGUGUUCACUACAGUUCAUUUCCUGAGUGAUGGGGGAUUAAUGCUGUUGAUGCUCCUCUCGCAUGGAUUGUGAAUUUGUGUGUGGACUGCAGAUCUCUGAAGCUCUGCCCUUUCCACACUGGACUGGAUGCUUCACAUGCUUUUCAUAUGUUCUGUUUCUUUUUUUUUUUACUUUUACUUCAUGUGGGUUUUUAUUUUCCCUUUUUAAAUCACCAGGGUAUAUAAAGAGAUUUGAUAUUAAAGCAGCAGUCCCUAAGAUUUUUGUAUUUUCUUUUUAACUAAAAGAACCGUAGUAUUUCAAGAGUUGGGAGGGGAAAAAUAUAUAUUGUAAUUUAUGGAAUAGCUAUAUUUGCACAACCCUUUCUGCAGUGUCUGUUUUUAUAAUAAAUAUAUCAGAGUGGUCUGGUAGGUUUGUUUAAUGUUUAAUUGCUUUUCUUCUGCUUUUUGACAGUAUUUCACACACUGCAGUUUAUUUAGAUUAGCCUGCAUUAAAAGUACUCCUCCACAUGUUCUGUGUAAUUGCACAUGCUCACCAGAGAGGUCUCCAAAUCCCCAAAUGCACAAAACUUACGGACUGUCCCUUUAAUAUAUGAAAACAUUUUUUUAAAGAUUUGUAUGUUUUAAAUUGUACUUUUAUGUAAUAUUAAACAGAAUUGCUAAA